GUCAAAAUUGGGCAAAAGACACAAUUUGGUAUGUUGCAGCAGAGUGGUGUCAUGCUCGGACUGGAGCAGCAAAAGGUCAAGCUAGCUAGUUAGCAACACCAGGCGACAUGGUUCAUUCCCAUCACAGUAAUCUAACUGGUCAAAUUAUGAAACAAAAGUCAGAUUAUGGUACAUAUAGUUUAAUAGAAAUUGAUGGUGGUGGAGUCCAUCGGUGCACUGUAAGGGUCGGGUGGGUGCCGACACAUAGGCAAUUGUCAAAUGAAGAUAGAUCAACCCAAAGGAUCCAAAGAGGAAGAGAGAGAAAGGCAAGAACCUUUAACUGGGCCCACCGAUACACAAGGGAGAGAGAAAGGCAGGGAACGACGAUCGACGUCCACUUAAAUCACAUGAAGAGAGAGAAAUAGAGAAAAAAGAAGAGAGGGAAAUGAGGGAAAAUAGGGCCGGUGAUGAACUAGUCCCUUAUCGGGAGCAAAGGAGCUACUGUCAGCUCUGGCAAGCAUCUAUGGUGUGGCGAGGAGCCGACGAUCGUCAAUGGCAGUAGAUGACGGCAAACGACCAGCAAUAUAAGUAAGACAUGAGAAAAGAAAAACAAGAUAGGGCUUAACGUCAAAUCGAGCAUCAUUUUACUUAUUGUCAGCUGGAGCUUCAGCGUCAGCUGGAGGCCAUUGAGAAGGGAGGGAUGGCCGGAGAAGACAACGACGCUAAUUGACUUCAAAACAAGGGAGAAAAGGCUCGUGGGAACCAAAACAAGGGAGGUGGGAGUCCUGGUAACAUCCCGACAAUUCUCAAAGAAAUCUAGCUGGCAGCAACUUCAUAUGGAAGGGGGUAAGCUAGAUGACCGAUUUGGCUUACCGGUCAUUCUGAGCCCCUCGCCCCUCGCCCCAACAUCAGGCUCAGCCAAAUAGGUCGAUUUGGCUUGGUAGGCUAGUUGAUGGAUCCGGCUAGGCCACGUCCAACAUAUUAGGGCUCAACUGCCACUCGCCGCUUUCGAGCGAUCAUAAUGUCGUGGCUCGGAGAAAAGUCGCCGGGAGGACCGGUGAGGAAGAAACCGAAGAAAAAGAGGGAAAUAGAACCAGGAAAAUGCAGAGUCCCUGCAAGGAGUCGGGCGCCUUCCUCUCACCACAAUUCUCCAGAGUUUCCUCUGUCAUCCCAUCAGAAGAAAAAGCAGCAGAUACAUCUCCUGUCUCAACCUCUGGACUCCGUAUAGAUCUCUGCCAUCAAGAGAGCGUCGUCAUAACUUGUUCUCGAUCUAUAUCUCCGCUUGACGUAAUUCCCAAGAGUUGGUUUAGCUGACGGGGGCUCUCUGCGCUCCACAUAUAUUUUUCUCAAUGGGUUUUCUUGUGAGUUUCGUGGAAUAUUUUUCAUUCAAGUAUCAACUCCCCUCUCUUGUGCUGCCUGCUUAGAUCAGUGUCGGGAAAGAUGCUGUGAUAGUUUCACUUUUGUUCCCCAGAGCAGCAGGAUCGGAUCAGGUCUUGAUCCUCAAAACUUUUGGUUUCCUGGGAGCUGCUGUUCAUGAAUGAAAUAUACGAAGAGAAAUGGAUUCUUCAUGCUCCCUGGGGACGCUUAUCGCCGUGCUGAUACCUAUAAUUAUCUGGAAGGCUUCGCUGGCAGAUCCUCGGACGACGGUUGCGGGUCAAUUUUGCAACAACAUUUCUUCUGUUUCUGGUCCUGCUCUCGCUGACAACUUUGUUCCUGCGAUGGAUAACUUGAGCAGCCUGGUUGAUCGGAAUGGAUUUGGUACGACAGUCGCGGGGACGGGCCCGAAUUCUGUUUACGCACUCGGCCAGUGCUUUGGAGACCUUGGUUCAGUCGAUUGUCAGUUGUGCUUCUCCGAGAUUAGAUCUCUGCUUCCGAAAUGCUAUCCGGAGCCCGGCGGCAGGAUCUUUCUUGAUGGCUGCUUUGGGAGGUACGAGAAUUACUCAUUCUUUAAUGAGGUCGUCGAUUCCAACGACACACAUGUGUGUUCUUACAGUAAAAAUAGUUCGAAUCCGAGAAGUUUUAGCAAAGUCGUCCAAGUGGUUGUCAGUAACGUGACUUCGGAAGCUCUAAAGAAGCAGGGGUUUGCUGUUGGAUCCGCUUCAGAUUCCAAUUCACAAGUUUAUGCUCUUGCUCAGUGUUGGGAGAACUUGGACGAAACGCUUUGUGGCUCUUGUCUGGAUGCUGCAGCGUCUUCGAUCGUUUUAUGCUCACCAGCAACAGAAGGUCGCGCACUGUAUGCUGGUUGUUACCUGAGAUAUUCUACCGUACUUUUCUGGAAUUUAAACCAGACAGCUUCAAAUUCUUCAGGAAAUCAUACAAAUAAGGUUAUAUGGAUCAUCCUGGGCGUUUUGCUUGGUGGUUUUCUCUUUAUAGUCGGGAUUGUUGCCUGGAGAAAGAGAGGCUACUGGAGCAAAUCAAAUGUAAUCUCUAUGAGAGAUAUGUAUAAGCCAGAACUCUCUGCAGCUUUUUCUCAAUCAAAUAUGAAUUUCAGAUACGAAGACUUGAGAAAAGCUACUAAUAAUUUUAAUUUAUCAAACAAACUUGGUCAAGGCAGUUAUGGGACUGUGUAUAAGGCUGUUCUUUCCGAUGGAAAAGGAGUUGCUGUCAAGAGAUUGUUUAUGAACACAAGACAGUGGGUUGAUCAGUUUUUCAAUGAAGUAGAGCUGAUAAACCGAGUUCGGCACAAAAAUUUGGUGAAGUUGCUGGGUUGUAGUGUAGAUGGCCCUGAAAGCUUACUUGUGUAUGAGUAUUACUCCAACAGGAGCCUGGAUCUGUUCAUAUUUGAUGAAAACCAUGAUAAGCAUCUAGUUUGGCAACAAAGGUUGGAUAUCAUUCAAGGAGUUGCAGAAGGGCUUUCUUAUCUCCAUGAGGAAUCAGAAACUCGAAUAAUCCACCGCGACAUUAAGGCGAGUAAUAUUCUCUUGGAUGAGAAGUUCAUGCCCAAGAUAACGGAUUUUGGCCUGGCAAGAUCAUUUGCAGCGGACAAAACACAUCUUAGCACUGGAAUAGCUGGAACUCUUGGUUAUAUGGCUCCUGAAUAUGUUGUGUAUGGGCAUCUUACUGAGAAGGCAGAUGUUUACAGCUAUGGUGUACUGAUUCUUGAAAUUGUGACUGGAAAACGAUGCAGCAGUGGAAUUGGAACUCAUGGAGGGAAUUUACCCUUAGCGAAGAUUUGGGACCAUUAUAAGACUGGUACAGCAGAAAAACUCAUAGAGGAAUGCAUUUACAAGGAGAGUGUGAAGGCUGAUAUUCUGCACAUUGUGUGGAUUGGACUGUUUUGUGUUCAAGCCAAUCCACACUCCAGGCCAACAAUGGCAAAGGUGCUGGAGUUGCUCAGGAGCAGCAGGAAUGAAGAGGAGGUUGUCUUGACUGAUCCUCCAUUUUCAGAUGUUGCUAUGGAGGACAUUGAAGAAGGUGAAACUUCAUUCUUGCUACCCAGCAUCUCUGCCCCGGCUCUGUCAACAUCAUCUGAAUGUCAGAUAAAUGCAAGAUGAAUUUCAGCUCAGAUUCAAAUAAGUCACUUGUGUGUCGAACACGGCAACGGCACGCUUGACAUAUUAACUGGCAUGUUUGCUAUGUCCAUUGGUAGGCAUGCCUUUAUUUGAUAUACAAGCAGGUGAUAUUUGAAUUUUCUUCUACUUAUAACUGCAAUAAAAGUUUGGCAUUUUUGGACUCGUA